AUGUAAACAUGCGAUAAUUUAAAUGAGACUUAAACUAGCACUCGUAAAAAAAAAAGUACAUGGUGCUUCCGCCUGCGUAGGUGCUUAAAAAAAAUAAAUGUCCACCUCUUCAGUCUUUACUCUUUACCACUGAAAAAUAAUGAUAUCCUGAUCAGAUUUAGGCCCUAAGUUAAUGGACCACGUAAGAUUAAAAAAAUUAAAUAAAAAAAAAAAAAAACACUACAAAAAUAGAAAAGAAAUAGCGGACGUCGAUGAAGCGAAGUUGUCAAAUUGCUUAUCUCCACUUUAAAAAUUACUCACGUCCUACUACACUACCAAACAAAUCAGCUCGCACAUCACACACACCCAUUUCUGGAGGCCACUAGUUUACAAUCUCGUCCCAGUUUAUCAAAUGAUUUAUUAAACCACAUUUUUGCAAAUAAACCAAUAUUUUUGUAUCCCAUUUAAUAAAAAAUUAUUGUUUUAUUUACGAAAAUAAAUAAGUAUGCUACGAUAACUCGAUAAGCUUGUAUUUUAUGGUAGUUUAUAAUCUAAUCUUAGGUACCAUUCUGAAUCCUAACCCUGUAACUCAUCGACUGCAGAGGGUUUCUUCUUUCCGCCGCCCUUUAACCCCUCUUCUGUCGCUGUUUUACGCCGCAGGCUCAUCCAUGGCUUCUUCUCUCUGUUUCUUGCCCUUCUUGCUAUUUGCUUUAUCCUCUGCUUCUGCUUCUACUUCUGCUACUGCUGAUUUAUUACAUGGAGGUGAAGAAAUUGAAGCUGUGGGGCAUGAUUUAUACCGGGAUUAUUUGAGGGAUGAAGCGGCCUCAAGAUUAAAUGAGCUGGGGAAGGUUAGUGAUGUGAAUGGCUAUCUUGAGAGGACUUUCUUGAGCCCUGCGUCUGUGAGGGCUGCAAACAUUAUCAGUCAAUGGAUGGAAGAUGCGGGUUUGAGAACGUGGGUAGACAUUAUGGGUAAUGUGCAUGGUCGGGUAGAUGGGAUGAAUGCAAGUGCUCCUGCUCUAUUGAUGGGAUCUCAUUUGGAUACUGUAGUCGAUGCUGGAAAGUUUGAUGGUGCGCUAGGUAUUGUAUCUACAAUAUCAGCCCUGAAGGUUUUGAAGGUGACCGAGAAGCUAGAAAACUUAAGGAACCCAGUUGAGGUGAUUGCAUUUAGUGAUGAAGAAGGUGUGAGAUUCCAGUCAACCUUCCUGGGGAGUGCUGCCAUUGCAGGCAUCUUACCGGCUUCCACAUUGAACAUAUCAGACAAGAGUGGGAUAACUUUACAAGAGGUCCUUAACAAAAAUGCUGUUGGGGUAACAGAGGACAAAUUUAUCCAGCUCAAGUAUCAGCCAGAGUCUGUGUUAGGUUAUGUUGAGGUUCACAUUGAACAGGGACCAGUUUUAGAAUCAGCCGGUAUUCCUCUUGGGGUAGUCAAAGGCAUAGCUGGGCAGACACGGUUAAAGGUAACAGUCUCAGGUUCACAAGGACAUGCAGGAACUGUCCCCAUGUCUAUGCGGCGUGAUCCUUUGGCAGCCGCUGCUGAAUUGAUUGUAUUACUUGAAAGCCUUUGUAAACAACCUCAAAAAUUUUUGUCCUAUGAUGAUGAUUGCAGUACAGUUGAAUCUCUUUUUGGUUCACUUGUUUGUACCGUAGGAGAAAUAUCACUGUGGCCAAGUGCCAGUAAUGUUAUCCCAGGACAGGUGACAUUUACUGUAGAUUUACGUGCUAUGGAUGAUGCUGGCCGUGAGGCUGUAUUGUAUGAAUUAUCAGCUAGAAUGUACAAUAUUUGUGAUAAAAGAUCAGUUUCAUGUGUAAUUGAGCGCAAGCAUGACGCCAAUGCUGUCAAAUGCGACAAUGAAUUGAGUUUGCAGCUCCAAUCGGCUGCCCUCACUGCAUUCAGGAAAAUGGCAGGUAAUGUUGAUGUUGAUGUGCCCAAAUUAAUGAGUGGGGCAGGGCAUGAUGCCAUGGCCAUGGCUCAUCUAACUAAGAUGGGCAUGCUCUUUGUUCGUUGUCGUGGAGGUAUCAGUCAUUCACCUGCAGAGCAUGUAUUAGAUGAUGAUGUUUGGGCUGCUGGUUUGGCAGUCUUAGCAUUUUUAGAGAAUCAUGUGUAGGAUUCAUGGCGAUGUUUCAAACAGCACAUCAAAUGUACAUAAGGUACCUGUCUGUUGUACAUAUAUAGACAGUAGCAGUUCAUUCAUAUUAGUUACAAUGCCUAUUAAGCGCUUUUGUUUGUUGUACCCUCUUGAUCUGUUAAAAUGUAAUAAUAAAUGUCAUUUUCAUUUGUAAAUGGCUUCAGUAGUUUUGUGCAAAAUUUUAUCUUGUUUUA